GGGGCUUUCCUUUCGUUUCCUGUUUGUCGGGUUGUGCUUCCGGGGCGAGGCGGUAGCUAUGCGGACGGGGGUCGUUUGGGCCGGUUGAGCGCAAGGGAAGAAAGGGCGGAGGGGACGGGAGGCCCCCUCGCCCCCCCCAAGCAGUUCUUAGCGUCUAACGCCGGAAAGGAGGCAUUCUGGAUUGCGUGGAGGCUGCGGCGGCCUUUGAGGCGAAGCUGAGGAUGGAAGGGGUUGAGCUGAAAGAGGAAUGGCAAGAUGAAGAUUUUCCAAGGCCUCUACCAGAGGAUGAUCACCUUGAAGAUUUGCCAGAUUCAGCUGGAAGGGAGGACCAACCUGAAGUGAAUGGCAACAAAGUGAAGAAGAAACUGCCGGCCCCAAAUAUCAAUUUAACACUGGAUCAAAGUGAAGAAUCUGUUUUGUCUGAUUUAGAGGACAGCAAGGAUAUCGAUCUGGAUGAUAUCGACACCCCCUCUGAGAAUAGCAAUGAGUUUGAAUGGGAAGAUGACCUUCCCAAGCCCAAAACUACUGAUGUAAUUAGAAAAGGAUCCUUUUCUGAAUAUGCGGCGUCAGAUGAGAAGGAGGAGGAGCGGCGAUGGAGGAUGUUCCGGGUUGGAGAUCAAGACCACCGGGUAGACAUGAAGGCCAUUGAGCCCUAUAAGAAAGUCAUCAGUCAUGGAGGUUAUUACGGUGAUGGGUUAAAUGCAAUUGUUGUCUUUGCAGUCUGCUUUAUGCCAGAAGGCGGUCAACCAAACUACAGAUACUUGAUGGAUAAUUUGUUUAAAUAUGUUAUUGGCACACUAGAAUUAUUAGUCGCUGAAAACUACAUGAUUGUUUAUCUAAACGGUGCAACGACACGGAGGAAAAUGCCCAGUCUAGGCUGGCUCAGGAAGUGUUACCAGCAGAUUGAUAGGAGGUUAAGGAAAAACCUGAAAUCUUUAAUCAUAGUCCACCCUUCCUGGUUCAUUAGAACGCUUCUGGCAAUCACAAAACCUUUUAUUAGCUCAAAAUUCAGCCAAAAAAUCAGGUAUGUCUUCACUUUGGCGGAGUUGGCCGAACUGAUCCCCAUGGAGUAUGUUGGCAUCCCCGAAUGCAUAAAACAAAUUGACCAGGAACUGAAUGGAAAACAGGAGCAGAAGACGGAACCAUAGAAGGUUCUCCCGUGUUUGGAUUCGAGACAAGACUGAAGGUUGUGCCAACGGAAUGACGUCUUGCGUUGAUCGGAGCCUAUUCGGAGGAGGAGCCCGCCCUCUGGACUUCUUGCCCAACGGACUCUCUGCUGCUGAAUGGGUUUUGUGCUGGCCUAGGCUAGCUGUUGACACCCUUAACAGCUGCCUUUCUUGUAAUUGUUUUAUACUGCAGUGUCGCAAAGUGUCAUAGGAGGCACCUAUGGUUUUUUUUAUCCUAAAUGAUGCUUAUUCAUUAUGUAUUUAUAUGCUUAAAUGUUAAGGAAAGAGAUAAUAUAUAUAUAUAUUUUUAUGCCUUUUCAAAGCAAUAUUUUAUAAUGUUUAUCUGCAAAAACCCUCACAGGUAGACCAGGCCAUAAAUGACCUCUGUCGUUUAUCCGGUAAUAAAGUGCAUGCCAAUUUCUUAGAAAUGGUUGAACACUUCUAGGCUAAGCAGCAAAUGAAAUAGAACUAUUGCUAGCAAGAUUUAAUCAGCCGCCUUGUUAUGAACUGAAAAAGUUUCUUUGCUGUUUCCCACAGAGGAAUCUACCAAAUACUUGGAUGUCCUGAUUGGAAAGGUGUUUUCUGGCAGAGUGGAUUCUGUUCAAAUCUUUGCUUUUUAAAUUUCAGGUCAGCCGUUCUUUCCAUCAGGAUUCAAGUAAGGGGAAAAUAAUUUUUUAAAGCCUUUCUUUAAUGUUUAGCUCUACACACGCCAAGUGCCUAGGGUUCAGACAGAACCGUACUAGCCUAUGUUAGCUACCGUUUGAGCCAUAUGUGCCUCCGUUUCAGGAUGGAGAUUACUUCUCCGUUAGCAGAAAACUGGGGCUUCUGGCAAAACGACACCCCCAC